AAUAUUACAUCAACAAGAUGCUGAGUUACACCUUUUUUGUGUAUGAACAAUAAUGCUGAGUUUGGUAACCAAUUCGGUUACAUAUGCCAGAGCACAUAACACUAGAAAAUGGUUUUCAUCUAUAUUUGACGUUAUCAGAGAGCGGCGAAGGACGGUUUCAGUGAUUGAAAAAGAUGUAUUGCCAUCAUCUGAUCCACCAUGUGACGCUGUACCUGUGCCCCAAACCAUAUGCAAUUCCGAUUUGCAGCAAUUAUGGAAGCAGUUCAGCAUUUUGGGUACCAAGCCAUCCGGUUACCGUGAUAAUGGUCAUCUCCGGUAUUUAACGAUUCGGUUGUUACGCGUUUUACCUGUAGCAAGCGCUGAAGAACUCUGUAAUGCCCUGGAGAUACUAUCCCGUCUUAAAUAUCGCAAUAUUAUUCUUUUACAAGGUAUUACUGAGUCCCUUUAUUGGCAUUCUAAACUUUCAAAAUGCACUUUAAAGCAUGUUACACGUUAUUUACGUAUUUGCAGCACUUUAAGGUACAUACCUAAUUACCGUCAUCUGGAUCAGUUUCUACUUGAAUUGGACAAGGAGGGUAACAAGUCUUCUGCGGGCGACUAUGUUAGAGUACUACAAUUUCUGGUCGGGAGCAACCUAUGCAACAGUGAUGUUUACUCUGAUAUCUACCGAAGGUGCUUGUCUCACUGUUUAGACAAUAUAGGCUUCAUGACACAUCAGCACCUAGCAUCUUUUAGCCAAACACAGCUGAUAAUAGACCCAACAGACAGCAACGCAUUCAAUCGCAUAUGCUUAAACUUCGAACGGGGCUUAACAGGUGAAGAAGUGGAACAAUUUCGUAUGCUAUCAAAUGCUAUUUUACGUAGCAAAUCUGAAGAUUUGUCUUGCUACUAUUUAAACAUUCUACACCGUUACUUAGAUAACCCUGAAAGAUGGGACAGUGGCCUUCUGACUACAGCAUUGGGCGUGCUUGAGAAGUAUUAUUACCGUGACACGGUAGCUUUGAGCAAAUUGGGCAAUAUUGUAUCCAUGCAUUUAACGAAGCUUAAUACCCACCAACUAGUCGCCAUUGUAAAUAACUUUGCCAAAUUUUCGUACAAGCACAAGGAGUUAAUCCAUGCCAUAGUGCGUUCACCAUAUGCUAGUGAUGGCCAUAUUUUAUCUAGGCUUCGCGUAUUGCAUUGCGUCGCCAAUUUAUUGGCCAAAGUCGAUUACAAGCCUAUGGAUGUGAUAACUAAAAUAGUUAACGGCACUGUUGACUCUUGCGAAUCAUUAUUACAAUGCAGUGGUCAUCCUCCAUGGAUAGUAGUUCAGAGACAUGCUACAUCAGUUCCUGGGUUAGAUGCAGUAGAUCCCAAGACACCGGUUGUCAUUACCGGUACAAUGAUUUGGGAUAUGCUGACUCCUGGUGACACUUCAGCUGACACAGCUGAGAAAACUACCAAAAGACCUACAGUCCUCCGGAGGCUGAUAAGCCGUCCACGGAAAGACCCACUAGAUGCAGACUGCAUGACAGCUUCAGUGGACAGGUUGAGGGUGACUCCGCAAUCUGUGGACAUACUUCGCUUCAGGAGCCUAAAGGAGUGCAUGGAUGAAUUUAUCAUGCUACAUUUUGAUGGUCGUCACCCAGCUCACAAUAGGCUGCAUAUGCGCAAGUUGAUGAAAUGCCAACAACGUGACUUCAAUAGAGAACCAUACAAUUCAAGCAAGAUCUUGCGUAGCAUCAAAGUGGAGAAACCCACCGAGUCGCGCAUUAAUCUAUCAUAUAGAAAAGUUAAAAAGAUAAUGAAAUAUUCAGGUUCACGUCACAUUCAGCCUAGUCGUUACUAUAUAAACGAAUGCCGUGCUUUGAAACGAGCAUUUCUAAGGCCAUAUAAGGAGUUGGCUAAUGGUCUACAUGGCAGUGUACUACCUAGAACCAAACUCGAAACCGUGGACGCCAAAAAGCAGCUAGAGCUAAUAGAUAUCUGGAACAAUUGCACCCAAAGGUCGACCUCGAGCCCCAAUAUGGGCUCUACAGGGAACUGUAUAGUUAAACCCACUGAUGUGGCCUGUCUAAGUGGGAGUACAAGUAUAAAUGACAUGUCAAUAAUUCCCGAAGCUCAGAGUGUAAUGCAACAUUUGGAGACAUAUGUAGAUAGCACAUCGCCUCACUAUGUUGAUAACAAGUUGCUCCUGAGGCCGGUGAGGUUAGGUUCCAUUUUCAGUUGGCGGUUAAAGCGCAGGCUAAGGCUAUUAGAGUUAUCGCACGAUCGCAAUUUGUUGAGUAAUACCAUGACGUAUAUGUUGGAUAAUGGCUUUUGGCGACGUCCAACAGUUACGGAAGCGUGCAUCUCAAUAAAGGAGCAGCCAAUGGGAAUCCACCUGAUCGGUAUACUAACAUCCCUGUAUAAGUUAAACUUUAUCUCAGCUGAUCUUAUUAAACGGUCAAUUACAGUUCUAGGGUUAUUCAAGCGGGCUGAGCUAGAAGAUUUCCCAGUGGAAUACGGUAAUUCCUCUAUGUCUAGACUUACAGCUCCCCUUGUGACUACAUUUCUGAAUCUAGGUCGCCUCGUAAAGGCAGUAAGGAAUGUCAUAUUUCACAAUUCAUUUCGCGAUACUGCCCAGGAACUUAUAAAUAUCAUAUCCAACAGUGGUAUCCUUGAGGCCCUAUCCACAGGGGAUAUCUACAAGAAACGUGUUCUAGGGAUACAUGAGAUCACAGAUUUCCUACACAGAUUCAACACAUUAGUUUUCCAUGGAUACAUCAACAUUCAUGUGCCCAGACUACAGGAUAGUCGGGGACAGGUUAUGAGCAUCCCUGACCAGGAUACCAUAGAUUCCAUCACAACCCGGGGUUGGGAACAUCUUAGGCAAUCAUCUGGUCCAGUCAUUCAGGCAUACAUAUACCUGACUAUGUUGGUUACACAAUAUCUACCAUCCCUGGAAGGCUCAAUUAACGAGUCCCAACAGUUCAUCGUUACGAAACUCAUUGACGAGUUGGUAUUCAUCCGAUGGAUUGUAUGGAACCUCGGUCCUGCCUACACAGAUAGCAAGCUAUUGACAGGGCUGGCACACCUUGACCGGGAAAUGUACCCAUUGGUGCUGAAGUAUACGGAAUGUGUAGAUCAGCGUUCACAAGCUAUAUAUGGCCUAUGUGCUCUAUAUCGCCACGAUAAUCUAGAAGCGCUAAUGGAUGCAAACAAUGUGGAUAACAAUGUGACCUCCAGGAUCAAGUUUAGCAACAUAAAUAUUGCGCAACUGAUGGCGCGUCAUAGAAUCACGAUGGAUGAUAUAAACCGUUGGAUCUCGGCUGUUGCUUACGUCAAGAGUCCGAUGGAUACACGAUUUGCUUUGUUCAACGAUAGCUUACGAAGUGGUAUGGUGGUACUCCACACACCUGAAGACGCUCGAGCAUCUGCGUCGGGUACGCUAUACAACUUUUACCUUAGGUACUAUAGCUCAGGUUAGA